AUGACGUCAUUCGGGUACCAGGACCUGAUUCCAGUGUGCGUGGAAAAAGCCCCUCGCUCUGACUCAGCAGGAGCCAGCCUGUGCCAGCCUGUGCCAGUCUGCACAGUCACUGUGCCCUGGAAGCUGAGGGGCAGGAGGAACGUGGCUGGAGGUGCUACCAGCCUUCUCCGCCAGGGCUCCCCAUGCACGGAGGAAGCGCUGCCCUUCCAGACAGCUUUCUCCACCGUGUGUGGUCCCGGGGACACCCAGGGCCACAGCAGUGGCAGAGGGGGCAAGGAUUUGGUGCGUGUGCAGUGUGAGACUUCAGCGGAGCCUCCAAGCACCCUGAAACACCAGAGCCGCAUCUUUUCAAGCUGUGGGGACCUCACUCUGCCCGCCCCCCCAGUCAGUGUCAAGGCCGGGUUGGAUCGCUGGGGCCGGGCCCGCACCCGGAGCCUGGGUCCUGAGCCCCAGCCCCCACCCACUCCCGUGACUGACAGUCCGGGGGCGGGGCCUGAGCCACUCACUCAGGGGACUGGUCCGACGGCAUUCCACCUGCCGGAUAAAACCCGGGGCGGCUGCAGCAGGCGUGCACACUCCCGCCGCCAGCCCCGCGCCUCGGUGGCUUCCAGGAUGCCCCCAGCCCUGGGUGGGAGCGGGUUCCGAAUCCUCACUUCCCUGCUGCUUCUAGCGGCUCCAGCCACCCUGGACGCUGCCAAGACACCUGCGCCCCCAGCCUGCGGGAAGCCCCAGCGUCUGAGCCGGGUCGUGGGUGGUGAGGACAGCGCUGAUGCCGAGUGGCCCUGGGUGGUGAGCAUCCAGAGGAACGGGACCCACCACUGUGCAGGCUCCCUGCUGACCAGCCGCUGGGCGGUCACCGCUGCCCACUGCUUCAAAGGCAACCUGCACAAGCCUUCCCAGUUCUCUGUGCUGCUGGGGGCCUGGCAGCUGGGGAACCCUGGCCAGAGGUCCCAGACGGUGGGUGUCGCCUGGGUGCAGCCCCACCCUGUGUACUCCUGGAGGGGUGUCUCCCGUGCAGACAUCGCCCUGGUGCGCCUCGAGCACUCCGUCCAGUUCUCUGAGCGCAUCCUGCCGGUCUGCCUGCCUGAUUCCUCUGUCCACCUGCCUCGGAGCACCGACUGCUGGAUUGCAGGCUGGGGGAGUGUCCGAGAUGGAGUGCCCCUGCCCCAACCGCAGACCCUACAGAAGCUGAAGGUUCCCAUCAUCGACUCGGAACUCUGCAGCCGCCUGUACUGGCAGGGAGCCGGGCAGGGAGUCAUCACCGAGGACAUGCUGUGUGCUGGCUACAUGGAGGGGGAACGAGAUGCCUGUCUGGGCGACUCCGGGGGCCCCCUGAUGUGCCAAGUGGGGGGCACUUGGCUGCUGGCUGGCAUCAUCAGCUGGGGCGAGGGCUGUGCAGAGCGCAACCGGCCCGGCGUCUACAUCAGCCUGGCCGCCCACCGCUCCUGGGUGCAGAGGAUCGUGCAAGGGGUGCAGCUCCGCGGGCACUCGCAGGGCAGCGGGCCCACAGCGCGCCCGGGACGGGUUCCGGGGACCGCCCGGCAGCGCCGGCGUUAGGACCCGGAGGCCGGGCGGCCGCGGCGCCGCUGCCGCCGCCAUGCUUUCCUGGCUGUAAAGAAGCCGUCUACCUCUGGGGGGCGCCCGCGCGCCGGCGCCGGCUCGCCUCGCGGGGAGGCCCCGCCCCUAGCUCAGGCUCCACCCCGGGCCGGGAGCACCUUCCUGUCUGCAUAGGUUAGGAUUUGUAGUUAUUUGUAACCCCGCCCAAAUGUCUUAUUUAUUCCUCCAAUUUCAGUAAAUUAUUUAUGCCACAGUUCCUGUUUUUUUCCAGGAAGCAGGGGUCCACUUGGGGUUAAAAUGAGGGCAGGUGGGUGUGAGUUUAGAUGUGACCUGGCCGGGGCCCCAGUUAUCCUGCCUCCCUGACCUCUGGCCUUUGCGCUUCCCUUCAGUUCCGCCCUCCCACCAGGAGGCUCAGCGCCCGGGAACCCCGCUCUUUCUGGUGAAAGGUGGGGCGAGGGUGUAGGGCCUGUCCAGGCUCCUGACUUGCCUGCUGGGUCUCCAAAACUGGGCUGUGAUUGGAGCUUCUUUUCCGUGCAGCUAAAUGUAUUCCUAACCGAUAUACCUGCUUCAAACCCUCGUUUUUAGAAUAGUUUUAGAUUUAUAGAAAAUUCAUUUUGUUAUCACGGGAGCAAUAAGCCAGAUUAAAUUAGUACAAUCAGA